UUUCAUUCCUGCUCUCAUUCCGAGCAUUCUUCGCAUCUCUAUCGGUGCGGCGGAGAUUCACGUUCACAUUCCCGGCCGGCCCCCCAAAAAACACAAGAAUAACUUUAAACACAGUUUGCAAAAAAAAAAAAAACUAUACAAACCCACACUAGAACAAAAACAAAGGGGCCGAACUUAAAUGUUGAUAUAAAUAAAGAAAGCGGACGUUAAGUUGGCUAUUUCGGAGCGGUGCACAAAUAUAUCGAGGAGAGACUUGUUGCUCGCGCAUCUUUGGCGUUUAUUCUCCAACUUCUGUUCAGAUCUCAGCCGAUUCACCCUAGUCUUCUCCAGGCUUCGGCUUGGAGGUCCCAACCGCCACCAUUGAUCCCAGCAGCUGGAGUGGCAGUGAAAGCUCUGCCGAGGAUAUUGAGAGGAUGAGUGACUCAGCCGACAAGCCCAUUGACAAUGACGCUGAGGGGGUGUGGAGCCCUGACAUAGAGCAGAGCUUCCAGGAGGCACUGGCCAUCUACCCGCCCUGUGGACGCCGCAAAAUUAUCCUCUCGGAUGAAGGCAAGAUGUAUGGUCGGAAUGAGUUGAUUGCCAGAUACAUUAAACUCAGAACUGGGAAGACAAGGACACGGAAACAGGUGUCUAGUCACAUACAGGUCUUAGCAAGAAAGAAAGUUCGAGAAAUCCAAGCUGCCAUCAAGGUGUCUAGUCACAUUCAGGUUCUUGCCAGAAGGAAAUCUCGUGAAUUUCAUUCCAAGCUAAAGGUGACAAGCAUGGAUCAGAGCGUGAAGGACAAAGCUCUUCAGAGUAUGGCCUCCAUGUCCUCGGCUCAGAUCGUCUCUGCAACAGCCAUCCACAACAAACUGGGUCUUCCGGGCAUCCCGCGUCCUGCCUUCCCCGGAGCAGCAGGGUUUUGGCAGGGCAUGAUAUCCACGGGCCAGCCUGGAUCCUCACAAGACAUUAAGCCAUUUGCCCAGCAAGCAUACCCUAUCCAGCCAGCUGUCACAACUACAAUCUCAAGUUAUGAGCCCGCGACAGCACCGGCACCCACAGUUCCCGCCUGGCAGGGCCGAUCUAUCGGCACAUCGAAACUCAGGCUUGUGGAAUUCUCUGCUUUUCUGGAGCACCAGAGAGAUCCAGAUUCUUAUAACAAGCAUCUUUUCGUGCACAUCGGUCAGACAAAUCACUCUUACAACGAUGCCUUGCUCGAGUCGGUGGAUAUUCGUCAGAUUUACGACAAAUUCCCCGAGAAGAAAGGAGGGCUGAAGGAAUUGUUUGGCAAGGGUCCUCAAAAUUCAUUUUUUCUCAUAAAGUUCUGGGCUGACUUAAACUGCAACAUUCAGGAUGAAACCGGGGCCUUCUAUGGAGUGACCAGUCAGUACGAGAGCCCGGAGAACAUGACCAUCACCUGCUCCACUAAAGUUUGCUCGUUUGGCAAACAGGUUGUGGAGAAAGUGGAGACGGAGUACGCUCGCUUUGAGAACGGCCGCUUUGUUUACCGGAUAAAUCGGUCUCCCAUGUGUGAAUACAUGAUCAACUUCAUCCACAAACUCAAACACCUGCCUGAGAAGUACAUGAUGAACAGCGUCCUGGAGAACUUCACCAUCUUAUUGGUGGUAACAAACAGAGACACACAGGAGACCCUGCUGUGCAUGGCCUGUGUGUUCGAAGUGUCAAACAGCGAGCACGGAGCCCAGCAUCACAUCUACAGACUAGUGAAGGAAUGAAGCAGCUCUUUCACACAGACUCUCGACCUCAGUACAGUGGCAGUGCCUCUAGCUCAACACUAACUCAAGAUGAUUUUCACUCACAUGUGGGUGAUGCUUCUAAUUAUAUAUAUAUAUAUAUUUCUUUAUUAAUAUGUGUUUGACGUUUAACUGCAGCUGUGAAUGGCGGUACAGUUGUAUUAAGUUUUUUAAUACAGGAAAGAAUGUCAAAGAAUGCCGGAUCAAGAUUCAUUCGUAGAAUAUACAUAUAAAGUGACAUACGAUAUUGUUCGACUUAAGGGGUGGGUUGAGAUAGGUUGAAAACAACCUCAUUUCGAUUUUUUUUUAUUUUUUAAAUCAUGUACUCAAAAGAUCUGAAAGCAUAUGGGUGCAGCCAUAAAUGUGUGUGUGUGUGAGUGGGAUGUAGGUGUACAGAUGUAUAUACAGUACAUUCCCGCAGGUAUUUUUCCCAAAGAAAAAGUAUUUGAGAAAUUUCAUUCUGUAACAUUGAUUUAUUGAAAAGAAAACUACUGUAGGUGUUAAAAAAAAAAAAAAAAAAAAAAAAAAAACAGAUUCUUGUGGCCAUCGGAAAACAAAAGUUCCCUCAUUCCGAACAUUCCGAGAAUUCAGGGAAUUCAGAAGCCCAGCCCUUGAAAAGAGUUACUUUGUACAUGCUACUUUUUCAUUUUCGUUGAGGAAUUACUGCACUGUGAUACGAGAAGUUUAUACCAACCUGUGUGUGUGUUUUUACGUGUCACCACCUGCAAUAAGAAAAUGCAGAGAAUCAACCCUGUUGACUGGACAGCUAAACGCCUCCUGCCAACACGCUUGUAUAAAAGAUAACUCUAGAAACAAAACGCACUGCAUUAACUUGACCCGAGCACUUGGACGCACUCGUCGGACCCGCUGGGGAAGCCACACUUCACAAAGCCCAUCCCUGAACAUGCUGUACGUCAUGGAGCACUCCGUCAUCUUCUGUAAGAUUCAGUCCCAGAGUUCUUCGCUGCCUUCGACAUUCCCGCACAGCCCAUGUCUCUGUGGCCUAAUCGAUUUCUACGACUGCAAGCCUUAAUAAUGGUUG